CCUUUUUUUGCUCCAUCCUCCUCGUCAAUUGGUGCCUCACGAGUGCUCGUUUAAGACUCACGAGCGGUCGCCAGCGGCGCCGACUGGAAACUUGGAUAUUCCUCGCCGCUUCUUCGUGACUACAUGGCCAAGGCAUUUCCGCUGCAGCAGCAAAGCUGAGAGCUUCGUAACGAUUGCGCUCCUUCGUCGGGAGGCUCGGGUGGACACAAUGGCUGUGGGCCUUCACCUGAGCGUGCCGGCGGGCCCGUAAGCUUUCCAGCGGAACUCGCGAAUACACAGUCCGGAUAAAGAUGCGAGUGAGCCGCUCCAACGUCCUGCUGGGGUGCGUGCUCCUUUGCUCCGCCUCCCUGCUCUACCUGGGCUUGAGUGGGUUGGACUGCCCCCCCGCAAGCCGGCGCUCCCGCUGGGCAGAACUCCAUCGGGGCUCGGCCAAUCCCAACGCUUCGCUGGGCGAGCACCUUCCUGAAGACACACCCCUCAUCUUCAUCGGCGGCUUUCCCCGCAGUGGCACCACCCUGAUGCGGGUCAUGCUGGAUGCCCACAAGGCCGUGCGCUGUGGGGAGGAGACCCGCGUCAUCCCCCGACUGCUCACCAUGCGCGCCUCCUGGAGCCGCUCCGCCAAGGAGCGCUUACGCCUGGACGAGGCCGGUGUCACCGACCAGGUCCUGGACUCGGCCGUGCGCGCCUUCCUCCUCGAGGUUAUCGUGGGCCACGGCGAGCCGGCGCCUCGUCUGUGCAACAAAGAUCCCUUCGCCUUGAAGUCGCUGACGUACUUGGCUCACAUCUUCCCUAAGAGCAAGUUUGUGUUGAUGGUGCGAGACGGACGCGCCUCCAUACACUCCGUCAUCUCACGCAAGGUGACCAUCUCGGGCUUCGACCUGAACAAUCCACGCGACUGCCUGACCAAGUGGAGCAACGCGGUGGAGACCAUGUUCAACCAGUGCGUGGCGGCCGGUCCCGAGCGCUGCUUACCAGUGCGCUACGAGCACUUGGUGCUGCAUCCUGAGCGCGAGAUGCGUCAGCUGCUGCGCUUCCUGGAGCUCCGCUGGGACCCGGCCGUCCUGCACCACGAGGAGCUCAUUGGCAAAGCCGGCGGCGUCUCGCUCUCCAAGGUGGAGCGCUCGACGGACCAGGUAGUGAAGCCGGUGAACACUGAGGCGCUGGCCAAGUGGGUGGGCCACAUCCCCGACGACGUGGUGGAGCACAUGGCCGAGGUGGCGCCCAUGCUGGCGCGACUCGGCUACGACCCACGGGCCAACCCGCCCGAUUAUGCCCGCGCGCCGCCGCUCUCCAACCCGGCGCUGCCUUGGAAGGUGGCAGAACCUUCCGGAGCCGCUUAGAGAACAGAAGAAGGCAGCAGAACUUUCUGGUCGCUACAACGUGCAAACGCUGCGGAUCCCAGAUGCACCUUAAAGGCCCUCUUCCUGUACCGCCCGCCCGCCCACCACAGCUCGCCAACA